AUGGAUUUUUGGAAAAAUAAAGUGGCCGUAGUCACUGGAGCUUGUCAUGGUAUUGGCGCGCAAAUAACUGAGGAUUUAGUCAGAAUUGGAAUGAUUGUUAUUGGAUUCGAGCCGUCCAAUGAGAGAGUAAACCAAAUGUUUGACAAACUAGAAAGUUGGGGCAAAGUUGAAGGGCAAUUAAUUCCUUGCCAAUGUGACAUAUCGAAUGACGAAGAUUUGAAGAUCGCAUUUGAAGGAAUAGUAGCUGCUUAUGGUGGAGUUGAUGUGUUGGUAAACAAUGCUGCGAUCGGAAAAGAAGGCUUGAUAAGCACUGGGAACAUAGAAGAUCUGCAGAAAGUGACUGAUGUUAAUAUUUACGGGUUGAUUGCUUGCACAAAGUUCGCGAUCGAAUCGAUGACUAAGAAAGACACAGCUGGUCAGAUAAUCAAUAUCAAUAGUAUAUGUGGACACUACAUGCCCCCGUUUGCAGAACCGAAGAUCAAUAUGUACAUCGCUUCAAAGAGGACUAUGACCGUUCUGAACACGCUACUCAAAAAUGAAUUCAAACACCUGAACCGUAAGAUCAAGGUUACCAGCGUUUCUCCGGGCAUUGUCCGGACUGGAAUAUUUAAGACGGCGGGGAUUGAAUUCCUUAAUGAAGAGUUCUUUAAUAAGAACCCGCAUUUAACGACCAAAGAUGUCUCUAACGUGGUUUUAAUGAUAUUGUCUGCACCGCGUAGUAUUCAGGUCAAUGAAGUAAUUUUUCAUGCAUUGCAUGAAAUCUAUUAA